AACAGAAACAUCCGAAGCGUCACGGUCUAGAGGGAGAGAAGGAGAAGGAGAGAGCUAGAAAGAGAGAGGGAGAGGGAGAGAGCGAGGAAGUGAGAGAGAGGUAGAGAGAGAUAGGAAGUGAGAGAGAGUGAGGAAGUGAGUGAGAUAGAGAGACAUAGAGAGUGAGAGGAAGAGAGAGAGAGAGAGAGGAAGUGAAAGAGAGGUAGAGAGAGAGAGAUAGGAAGUGAGAGAGAGUAAGGAAGUGAGUGAGAGAGAGUGAGAGACAUAGAGAGAGAGAGACAUAGAGAGAGAGAGAGAGAGGGGGAGAGGGAGAGAGAGCGAGAGAGAGGGGGAGGGAGGGAGGGGGUGAGAGUGAAGCAGCAUCACCGCCUUUUUUCCAUCCAGCAUCUUCACCCGCCGGCAGCCAAGUCGAGUGGGAGCUCAGUCACAACUCGUCCUCCCUGCGUCUAGAGUUCCCCUUCUUCCUCCACCUACCUCCUCUUUCUCCUCCUCCUCCUCUUCGCAAUGUCCGUGUCCAGUGACUUCGGGAACCCGUUGAGAAAAUUCAAGCUGGUCUUCCUGGGGGAGCAGAGCGUUGGAAAGACGUCUCUGAUCACGCGGUUCAUGUAUGACAGCUUUGACAACACAUAUCAGGCCACAAUUGGAAUUGACUUCCUAUCGAAAACCAUGUACUUGGAAGAUCGAACGCUUUCUCUCUCUGAACCCCAGGUGAGGUUGCAGCUCUGGGACACAGCAGGACAAGAGCGCUUCAGGAGCCUCAUUCCCAGUUAUAUACGGGACUCCACUGUGGCUGUGGUGGUCUACGACAUCACAAAUGUGAACUCAUUCCAGCAAACGUCAAAAUGGAUCGACGAUGUCAGGACAGAGAGAGGAAGUGAUGUCAUCAUUAUGCUGGUUGGCAACAAAACAGAUCUGGCGGAUAAGAGGCAAAUCACAAUUGAGGAAGGUGAACAGAGGGCUAAAGAGCUGAGCGUCAUGUUCAUAGAGACGAGCGCCAAGACGGGUUACAACGUCAAACAGCUGUUUCGUCGCGUGGCAGCUGCUCUCCCAGGGAUGGAAAGUAUGCAGGAGACGGGCAAAGAAGGCAUGAUCGACAUCAAACUGGACAAACCGCAGGAGCCGCAGACGACUGAAGGAGGCUGCUCCUGUUAAUGCUCCGCAUCUCCCCUGGAAAAAGAGAACAUCAUCUACACCACAUGCUUGUUAUGUUGCUUACUAUUGGUUAACCUGCAGUUGACUUUGCACGUUGAGAAUCUGGCGUCCUCACCCGACAAUUUGUCAUGAGUUUGAAGUAGCAAUACGUGAAUUCGAUUCUAAAGUAGCGUCACCUACAAAAAAUAGUGAAAAAAGAGACUUGUGGAAAAGGAGAAGUUGCAUUUUGUGUGUAUACAAUUUUUUUUUAAGGUAGAAAUGCAAGUUUCCCCACUUUCUUUUUUUCUAUAUUUGUAUAUUCAGGGAAAUCUCUCUGGAAAAGUUUUUUUUUUUUAAAGAUGCAAACAAACACAGCUCUAAAUCUAGGAGCCGGAAAGAUCAGGUGGUUGUAGAUGUAUUCUUAUGGAUAUCACUGUUGUUAUAGGCAAAGAGGGGCCCUCUUCACAAACACCAAACCAUUACCCAUAACCCUCUUGACUGAAUGCCAACACUUGACCUUGUGAAGGCGCUUUACCUAAACGUAACCAUUUUUAAUCUUGCGGCACAGGCCAGCCUUGCAGUUUGGUGGACCAAUCACAGCACCCGUAACCUCAGUGUGAUCCAUAGGUAGCGAUGUGUUACUUGGCCAAAACGAACACUGACAUCUUGAGUAUCUAAUGCAUGCCUAGUUUUUGAGCAUAGGUACUGUCUACCAAUGUAAACAGGUUUGAAUAUGUAACAUUACACCAGUGACUUAAUGCACUCUGAUAGUCCAA